AGCCCUCGUCUCCCUGAGCUACUCCCAUUCCGUUCCGUUCCAUUCCCAGCCUUAAACCUUUCGACUCUCCACCAGCCCCUAGAGCAGAGCGAGGACUCGAGCACUAGCCCGCCUGCUCCUCCUCCUCCUCCUCUGGUUCAACCGCGGUUGGUUACACAGAGCCAGCCAAGAAGCGUAUACACGGGAGGGAGGGAGGACGGCGAUGAAGUACGUGGUGGUGACCGGCGGCGUGGUGAGCGGGCUCGGCAAGGGCGUCACCGCCAGCAGCAUCGGCGCCGUGCUCAAGGCCUGCGGCCUCCGCGUCACCACCAUCAAGAUCGAUCCAUACCUCAACACCGACGCCGGCACAAUGUCUCCGUUCGAGCAUGGCGAGGUCUACGUUUUGGACGACGGUGGAGAGGUGGACUUGGACCUUGGAAACUACGAACGUUUUCUGGACAUCAAAUUGACCCGUGACCACAAUAUAACCACAGGAAAGGUGUAUCAGGCUGUCAUUGACAAAGAAAGGAGAGGAGACUACUUGGGGAAAACCGUCCAGGUUGUGCCACAUAUCACUGAUGAAAUUCAGGAUUGGAUCGAACGCGUGGCGAUCAAGCCGGUCGACGGUAAAGAAGGGCCUCCUGAUGUUUGUGUAAUAGAACUCGGUGGCACUAUAGGGGAUAUUGAAUCAAUGCCUUUUAUUGAAGCAUUAGGUCAAUUUUCAUACCGUGUCGGACCUGGAAAUUUCUGCCUGGUCCAUGUCAGCCUUGUUCCGGUACUAAAUGUAGUUGGUGAACAGAAAACUAAGCCUACCCAACAUAGUGUUCGUGGUCUAAGGGGACUCGGGUUGGCACCUGACAUUUUGGCAUGCCGCAGUACCGAGCCACUGGAGGAACAUGUGACAACCAAGCUCUCACAAUUCUGCAAUGUGCCAAUCUCAAGUAUUGUGAACCUCCAUGACGUUACAAACAUUUGGCACAUCCCCUUGUUGCUAAGGGACCAGAAGGCACAUGAAGCCAUUCUGAAAGUUUUAGAUCUUCAGCUUGUUGGCAAAGUACCUCGAGAACCUAAGUUAGCUGAAUGGACCGAAAGAGCCAGCAAGUUUGACAAACUGAAAACUCCGGUUAAGAUCGCCAUGGUUGGAAAAUAUACUGGCCUGUCGGAUUCUUAUCUAUCUGUUUUAAAGGCUCUCUUGCACGCAUCAGUUGCUAUGGAAAGGAAACUUGUACUGGAGUGGGUUCCUUCCUGUGAUCUUGAAAAUUCUGCAGCCAAAGAGACCCCUGAAGCCCAUCAGAAAGCAUGGAAAUUACUGAAGGGUGCGGAUGGUGUGCUUGUUCCUGGAGGCUUCGGAGAUAGAGGAGUUGAGGGCAAAAUUCUCGCCGCAACAUAUGCACGGGAAAAGAAUGUUCCUUAUCUUGGCAUUUGCUUGGGUAUGCAAGUCGCUGUGAUCGAGUUUGCCCGUUCGGUCAUGAAACUAGGUGGCGCAAAUAGCACAGAGUUUGACCCGGCCACAGCAUCACCCUGUGUCAUCUUCAUGCCAGAGGGCUCCAAAACCCAAAUGGGGGCGACGAUGCGCCUUGGAUCAAGGAGGACGCAUUUCCUAGCCAAUAACUGCAAAUCCGCAAAGCUGUAUGGCAAUGCUACCUCCAUUGAUGAAAGACAUCGACACAGAUAUGAGGUGAACCCUGAAAUGGUCCCAUUGCUUGAGAAGGCGGGUCUUUCAUUUGUUGGCAAGGAUGAAAGUGGAAGACGCAUGGAGAUCAUUGAGCUGCCGAAUCAUGUGUUCUUCAUCGGUGCACAAUUCCAUCCUGAAUUCAAGUCAAGACCAGGAAAGCCAUCUCCGCUUUUCUUAGGGUUAAUAGCGGCAGCGUCCGGACAACUAGACCUGCUGCUCAAGCGCAGCUGCAGCGUCAUCAGUUCGAAACCGACGCCACCCAGAUAUAGCACCAACGGCACCGGCACCGCGGUCCUGACCAUAAAACCUUACCCCAACGGGCACGCAAAGAAGGCACUCACCAGCUUGGUGAACGGAUGCUACGCGAAUGGCAACGGCAUCCACAUCUAACUGAGCAGCCGCGGCGUCACACAACAUUCGUUUCUGCUGCUUUGCUCGUACCCUCUCGUCUCUCUUUUUUUCCGGGAUUUCUUUGGUUUUGGAUUUGGAACUGCUCAAAUGAGGAGGCGAAGGGGUGUUUUAAGUGUUUUGCAUGGCCCCCCUCCACGAAAAUCUCCUCUCACUUGGAGCAACUCCAUUGAGGAUCUGGAGCUGCCAGAGGAAGUGUUUGGCUAGCCUAAAAGGUUAGCUAUUGAAGCUCCGGCCGUCAACACGCGUUUCUGAUAUUUUUACGAGGAACGUCCUCCAGUCAUGUUGAAGCAAAGGCUGUUUCCCCUAGGGUCUAGUGUGGUGUAUUCCUUUUGUUUUCCCAAAACUGUUUUGUAUCUUCAAUGGACCGAAUGAACAGAAACCAGAUUUACUUGGUCUAAUAGUUAUCUUUCUGAAUCAACAAUAUGUAUCACUUUAA